UACUAUGUUGUAAUGAUAAAGGCUCCACUUUUCCAUGAUCUCUUGAAUAGUUUUAGUUGCAUUUGUGUAGUAAAUAGUCGAGUAUAUCAAUUCGACGUGAGUAACAACCCGCCAUCUUCAAAUGCUUUAAUGGGAUAAAGCCUACCAACCAUCUUCAAUUCGAUGUUGUAUUAGAGAAUGCAUGUGGCUCCUGCGAGAAAUGCUGGAUUCAAAUCUGUUUCAUGAUUUUGUUUGGAAUCAAACACCAAUUAAAAAUUAUAUGAAUUCUGAUUAUCUACUGAGUAAUUUUGUGAUUCUAUCGACAAACAUUACCAUGGACAUAAUCUGUUCGAUAAAAUGUCUAUAUUAAACUUGAAUAUUAAUAUUCGCCCUCUUUUGACUUUACAGAAGGAGAAAGGAAGAGGCGGCGUGAUGCUUUGCAAUAAUCAUGCCUCUUAUAUUUAAUUAUGUGUUUUUCACCUCCUUCGCCAUGUGAAGGCCUUAGCUGCAAUCACAUGCAAUCAUUCUUGAACGAAUUAUAUAAAACUACAGCACACAGAGUGGAAGCAUGAUCCGAUGAGAGAAACUUGCCUAAAUUAGAUUCACCAUUUCUGUGGAAAAAGACAAAGUUAAAGAUUAGAUCAAUGGAUGACGACGGAGAGAGCAAGGCGACGGGCAUCGCGCAGAUUGUGAGCCUCAAGAAGUUCCUCCAGAAGUGGCAGACGGCCACAAUCGGCUCGAAGGGGAGCUGCAGCCCCCCUACGCAUCACGGGAUCUCGCCUGCUGUAACGAGGAGGCUGAGGACUUCAAACUCGUACGCUGAGUCGGAUGAGGACGGGUGCCAGAGCCCUGACCCGCCCGUGGAUGUCCCGAGAGGCUACCUUGCUGUGUACGUUGGCCCUGAGCUUCGGAGGUUCAUCAUCCCGACUAGCUACCUUAGGGACCCCCUGUUCAAGGUGCUGCUGGAGAAGGUGGAGGAGGAGUUCGGGUUCGAUCACAGUGGCGGGCUGACUAUCCCGUGUGAGAUCGAGACGUUCAAGUAUCUCCUGCAGUGUAUGGAGAAUCACAGGAAGGAUCAGGAUGAUAAGGAUUGAUAAUUGAAGGUUGAUAUUUCUUGACUUAAUUGGUUCUUCAUUUUGGAAUUUGAUAUUGUUUAGAGACUGAAAAUGUUGAUUUGAUCAAAGAAAUAUGUUAGGUGCAAACCUGAUCUUUGUGAUUUGGAAUGAAUUUUAGGAAGUUUGUGUAUAUGUUGAUUGAUGGUUACAUCUUACUUCUUGUCUUAUAUUCUAAUGAACAAAGCAUUU